AUGCCUUUCCUUCGCCGGCGAGGCAACAUGGGCAGUGAGACGGACAUACGACGCCAUACACUAUUAAGUAUUUCGCAACCACCGAGCAAUGAGCGUGAUCUUGUGCCCUCUCUCCCGCCGAUACCCCAGCUCACCGGAUCUGAAGACUCAAUAUACCUUUCUCGCCAGGCAACGCUCGAAUCUGAUCAGUUCGGUCUCAUACCAGAACUCACUGUCACAGAUGCCCAACAACGGAAUGCAUCUCGACGUUUCUCUAUGCUACGACACCGCAACGCAUCCGACUCCCAAUUGUCACUGCGAUUGAAGCAGCAGGCUGAAACACUCCCACCCAUUCCUCGACCUCCUGCCAUUAUCACAACACUUUCUGCGAGUGAUGUUACCGAUCCUGAAGUGAGCUCGCUUCCUCGCAAAACCCGCCAUCCCAUAGACGCUUUUGGGGCUGAGCGUCAACACGAUAGUGCUUCUGGACUCCUUGGAGAAUCACAUGACGUGAAUGGCGAGCGUAGCAGCACUCCAACUCUGACCCUGGACACAUUUGCCCAACGUCGGCCAUCACUUCAGGCCGCUUCAGUCAUAAAUACUCUGUCUCUGCACCCAUACAGCAACCGGCAGUCGGAGUCACCCCGAUCUGAUGCAAGUUCCGCCGAUCAUAUCUAUGGGUUGAGCCCGGUCAUGCCACCGAAGCGAGCUCAUAAUACCACGCCGUUCUUCAAGUUGCGAAGGAACAAGAAACCUUCGCAGCCUUUUUUUGCUCUCUCCCACCUACCGCAGAAAAGUGCAGGAUUCGCCAAAAACUCAUCUUUGGCGUCCCUGGCUUUAACAACUGAUUCACGACCAACGUCAUCCCGAAGUGCGACCAUCAGAAAAGGAAACGAAGGCAAGGAACAUAGUCAAGCGCGUCACGAUUUUGUGACCGGAUCAAGUGUUAUGAAGGGAACAGAGAGCCGAUCCGGCCAUUCAUCGCCCACAAGAGCCAGCUUCCUGCGGGGUCGAUCAUCUACAAUGAGCUCUGUAGGCAGGGAUUCAACAGACGAUCACUUAUCACCCCCAACUACGCGAACAUCAACAUCUACUGGACGCAAAAGCUUAGGCGAUUUAUUCGGAUUGGGUCGCAUCCGACAAAAUUCAGAGCUAAGCCGACAAGGAACCUUGACACCAGCCACCCCUGGCUCGAUUGGGUCAAAGAGCAAUUCCCUGCAGCUUCCAAGAGACUCGUCCCUUCUGCCGGAACGGAAGGAUGACGAAUCUCCUGCCAACUACCUCGCAAGAUUAGAGGGUGUGGUGAGUCGUGGGGCCGUGGCGUCUGCUCUGGCAAGAGGCACCGACGCCUUCUCUGCUGCCGUACUUAGAAGCUACAUGCGUAGCUUUAGUUUCUUUGGGGAUCCCAUGGACAUGGCGAUCAGGAAAUUGCUCAUGGAGGCUGAACUUCCCAAAGAGACGCAGCAAAUCGAUCGAUGCUUACAGGCCUUCGCCAACAGGUACCACGAAUGCAACCCAGGCAUAUAUUCGUCACCAGACCAAGCAUAUUUCAUCGCGUUCUCGCUACUCAUUCUUCAUACAGAUGUUUUCAACAAGAAUAACAAACGUAAGAUGCAGAAGUCCGAUUACUUGAAAAACACUCGAGGCGAGGGUAUAUUUGACGAUAUACUUGAAUGUUUUUACGAUAACAUAUCCUACACGCCGUUCAUUCAUGUAGAAGAUGAUUUGAAUCUGGCAAGCGAACGAAAUCAGACGAAAAAGUCUGGGAGAAAACCAAUAAUAUCUGGGAAUGUUGCUGACCCUGCUAAAAGAGCCACGAGGGAGCCUAUAGAUCCAUACACCCUUAUCUUGGACGGCAAUUUGGAUGCUUUGCGACCGAACUUGAAAGAUGCCAUGCAUUUAGAAGACCAUUACAACUACCUAGGAACUGCUCCAUGCUUCAAUUUGAAGGAUUUACAAAACACCUUUUUCAGGACGGGUGUCUUACAGAUCGUUUCAGCGAGAUCGCGACCAGAUGCAUUCAUGUCGGAGCAGACUGCCUCAAACCCCGACGAUGCCCACCCGGGCAUUGUGGACAUCAAAGUCACCAAAGUUGGCUUGCUUUGGCGGAAAGAUGCCAAGAAGAGGAAGACUCGCUCUCCUUGGCAGGAAUGGGGCGCAAUACUGACCGGCGCUCAGUUGUACUUUUUCCGCAAUAUAAGUUGGGUUAAAAAUCUGAUGCAUCAACACGAGAAUCAUCUCAGGAGUGGGCAUGAUGGGAUACCAGUUAUCUUCAAACCACCUUUGGAAGAAUUCAAACCCGAUUCUUUGAUGUCUACUCAUGCUGCUGUUGCUCUCGUGGACAGUACAUACAGGAAGCACAAGAAUGCUUUUGUAUACGUGCGACAAGAAGGACUGGAUGAGGUUCUUUUGGCAGAUAACGAAGAAGAGCGUAAUGACUGGCUGGCAAAACUGAACUAUGCUGCCGCCUUCAGAACUUCAGGCGUUCGCAUGCGCGGUGUAGUCGGGGCCAACUACGAUGGCCAGGGUCGUCGUGGCAUACGACGACUGGAAAGCGCAGAUACAAGUCACCUCAUUCAAACCCCUACAGGUCCCGUAUCAAUUGCCCGAGGGUAUAUUGACCAUAAGAUGGCGGAAGAUAUCCAAGCCGCAAGGCGGGAUUGCAUGCAACAAAAGAUUCGCGAAGCUGACAAGAAGGUUGAAGAAAGUCAAAAGCAGCUAGAGGAACAGCUGAGGAAUGCAAGACAUCUUCUGAUACUCGCACCGAUUCAGCCAAGAACAAGAGAACACAUAUUGCUGGCUGCAGCUCGGUUGUCCGCGCAGUUAAAGUGGACUCGCAUGGACAUUUGGCGAGAAAAAUGUCACCGAGACAUUCUCAUCCAAGACCUAGCAGAUGACGAUAUUUGUUCAACCAUCAAGCAGCCAGAUCUUGAUAGCGAAGAAUCGACGCAAACACCAAGACGUUUGGUCAGUCAGACAGAUUGCAAGCCCGAUAGUGCACCUGUGCCCAAUCUCAAUCCGCAGACACCUACAGAGGAUUCACUGUCGCGUGCUUCCAGCUUCGUUGGUCUUGCUCCAGACCUGGCUCCCUCGGUCCUGACUGCUUCCCAGCUGCCGCAGUCUUCAACAAUGGAGACGGCGCGUGUGAUGUCGAAUGCUACCAAUACCCGAAAUGGCUCUGUAUCAAGCAACACUCCGUCAUUUGUGUCGCAUAUACUGGCUUCUACUUCACAAUGCAACACGUCUCGAGAAGGUGAUAAGACUUUUUCUGGAGGAAGAUCAGACAACCAGGAUGAUGUGGAUGCGGAUGAACGCGAUUUCCUCAAACAGGCCGGAUUAUGGGAAGGGAGAUCAAGGCGGAGCUCAGUCGAUAAAUCAAAGGUGUCUUCGUCAGCUGAGAUGCUUGAAUAUGGACCUCCAGCAGAGCGUGACAAGCUAGAGAGAAACAAGAUUAGGCGAAGUUUGCAGCGAACUCUUAGGGAGAGCGCUGGACACCUUUCACACCAUCGCAGCAAGAGAGGGAGAGAUGCCAGUGCAUCAACCUCGAAUUCUUUGGAUGGUGCGACUGGUGAAACAUUCUUAUCCCGGGGUACUGGAAGUUUUGUGGUUCACGGCAAAAAGGCGUCUGUCAUUAACCUGGGUACGGAGCUGCAAACCUUGUCACAAGAAGAGAAGAUCCUGUGUCGCAAGCAGCAGCAAACACUUCAGGUAGAACAGCCGAUUGUCUCGCGUUUGCUCGUUGAUGAGCUUGACGAGGCCUUUCAUGCUGCGCCUGAAACACCGUUCGAAUCCAACAAUUCGAAUAGCAGGAGAAGUUCAGGGGCAAUUGCAGGCACUGCCACCGUGGACAGCUUUAAAAAACCCGACAAAAAUAAGCUGAGAUUCCAAGGAGCGAAAAGUGCGUCUCGUGGGGGGCCGAUAGUUGCUUCAGGCCCUGAUAGUGAGGACGCUUCUUGCUCAUCCGACGGACAGCGGCCCUCCCAACCCCGGACCGACAGGGAAGAUAAGUUUGGUAUUGGAAAGGCUUCUACUGACGACGAGAUGCCGUACGAAACAGAAGGAAGAAGGGAAGAUGAACCGGGCGAAAACGACAAUUUAGCUGAGGAGGAAGGAAAGUCUGAACAAGAGCAUGAUGUGAUCCCAAGCCACCCGACGCAGGCGGUCACGGCGUAA